UUUUUAUGACUUCUGCUGCCUGCUUAAAGUUUACCAGGAUAACUUUCAGAGCAGGUUCCAGGGAGCAAAAGGAGGAACAACCGUAUGCCCAACAGGGCCGAAGGGAAGGAAAUCUGAACCUGUGGAAAAUCUGCCAGCCAAAAUGCCAACCAGACAGAAAACGCUGAUGUAUGGAGGUGCUUUUUUCACCAGCAUUGCAUCUUUUGUCAUCAUUUGUGCCGUUCUGGGAACACAGGCGUGGAUGAACAGCGAGGUCAGAUUCUCUGGAGGGAACUCUACCACUACUGUCAGCCUCACGUAUGGGCUCUUUCAAGUGACCUGUGCUCAGGUCAUCAACUCCGGGCUGCAGAUCUCAGCUAGCAAUUUCCAAGUUGCAGAUGGUCUGAGCAGCAGUGGAACAAAAGGCAUCAACACGGCCAUCAUCGUGCUUCUGGUUCUCAUCUUGCUGAGCUCCCUCCUGAGCUCUGGCUUUACGUGCACCAACACUGUGAGCAACCCCUACCAGACCUUCCUGGGACCCAUCGGAGUCUAUACCUGGAAUGCCAUCAGUGGAAUCCUCACACUUUUGGUCAUGAUACUUUUUCCCGUGAACGUGGAAGGCAAUGACAUGUCUGUGGAGUUGGCCAUCAAAUGUAUUUCUCUGUCACUGACACACAGUGGAUCUGAACACAGGUAUGAGUACUCCUACUGGAUCCUGCUGCUCAGCAUCAUUUUCAACAUCAUUACUAUUAUUAUCAUCUAUUUCUAUGACCAUGCAAGAUAUUCUAAGAAGAAAGAACAGGAAAGGCCGAUUGAAAACGCAUCAAAAGACGUCAUUCUGUUUUAAGGACAUCACCAAAAAGAGGGUCUAAAAUAAAAUGACUGCUUAAUAUGGACAAUCCCAGCUGAUCUUUUGUGUUCAGAUUGAAGUUACGUGCAUAGCUCGAUUAACAAAACAGCCUGUUGCUUCUUCAAAGCAGAUUGAUUUUAUUCUUCUGAUGAAAGACGUUGGGUAACAUCUAUCAGCUCCCAUUGGAAAUAUGCUGCCUGAGCACUUCUGAGCAGAAGCACUCAACACCAGCACCUCCCUGCAGGAUGAACUACUGCUUGUAGCCAGAGGGAUUAGCAGAAACUCUCCCCUAAAAGGAAAGGGGCACUAAGAGCCACCAGCCCCACAUGCCUGAGAGGCUGCUACAGCCAUGGCCCAGGCUUGGAAAGCCAUAGCACAAAGGACUCAGGGCCAGCUCACUUCUUCAUACCCCAUAUGGUUGCCUUCCUGAGUGCCCCACAAAACUCCCACCUCCUGGACCUGUUGUAACACAGAGCAGGGCUGCUGUGGCUGCCAUGGGUGUGUGUUACUGUGAAUGCAUCGCUGCCCUUUGGGUGCAGGCGAUGGGAAGAUUGAAGGCAUCGCAUCCAUCAUGCGUGCAGUCUGGGAUCCAAGGGCAGGACAGUACUAAACCAUGCAGAGCAGCCAGCACCUUCUGCUCCUCCUCUCCUACCUCUGCAGCUGUAAGAACAAUGCUUUAUUGCACAUGCUUGGCAUCUGUCCUAUGAUGCAAGAGAUGCUCACAGGUGAAGUAAAGCAUCUCUAGGAGGAGAUGCAAUGCAAGAGGUGACCUCUCACUAUUUAUGUCACAAAAAAUAAAGCUUCAGGAUUAAGGCA